AUGUCUGAAGAACAAAAAGAACAAGUUCAAGCUGUUCCUGUAGAGAAUCAGGCACCUCAAGAAGCUGGCUCAAAGCCUACAGAAUCCGUUUCUGAAAAAGUCGAGUCUUUUGACGAAAAUGGAGUUUUGAAGCAAGUUGAGUUUUACUUUUCUGACUCCAAUUUGCCUCGUGACAAGUUCUUGUGGACUGUUUCCCAGAAAAACAAUGGUUGGGUUCCUAUCGAGACAAUUGCUUCCUUUAAACGUAUGCGUCGUUACCAACCUUUAGAAGCUGUCGUGGCUGCUUUGCGCAAGAGCCCAGAGUUGCUUGAAGUCGAUGAAGCUGGUGAAAAGGUUCGUCGUAAGGUUCCUAUUGUCCGUCCUGACCCUUCUGCUGUUCAACGUUCCAUGGAAAGUAGUGUGUAUGCAAAGGGUUUCGGUGAGGAACAGGAUGAUACCCAACUUGCAUUGGAAAACUUCUUCCAACAAGAAGGUGGUGAAAUUGCUUCCCUUCGCUUGCGCCGUGAUGAAGAUAACAAAUUCAAGGGUAGUGUUUUCGUAGAGUUCAAGACUCCUGAAAUUGCCCAGGGAUUUUUGGAAAAGGUCAAGGGAUCUCCAUUAAAGCACAAUGAAACUGAAUUAACUGUCAUGUCCAAGAAGGAAUACGUGGACAUGAAGACUGAACAACACCGCAACGAUCCCCCUAAGCCUGGCAACAAGCGUAGACGCUUUGACGCUUUCAAGAUGAUGGAUCGUGAGCGAUCCCACAAGCGUGCUCCCAAGAGAGGUAGGACUACUAGGGGAUCCACUAGGGAAUCCGAGAAGCAAGAAAGCCAAAGUCAGGAAAAGCAAGAGGAGCCUAAGAGUACUGAAGAACCAAAGAAGGUUGAAGAUACCAACGAAGCUGAAAAGUCGAAUGAGCAACCCAAGCCCGAAGGAGAGGCUGCCGCUACUACCAACCAAAAAGAAGAAAGUGCUCCUGCUCCUUCAGACUAA